AAAAAGUCCGCUGAUGAAGCUUGUUCUUUUUUCUUUUUCGUUUUUAAACUUUUCCAUCAGCACAAAUGGAUGAUGCAUUACUAGCACAAUUUCAAAAGGCUCGAUUAGAAGAACAUGAUGAUAGAGAUAGGAUUGAGCCCGAAACUGAUGAUGAAUUAGAAGAAGAAGAGGAACAAACAUAAUGCCAGAACUAUUAAGAAAUGAAGGGCCUCAAACAGGACCAAAAGGAGUAAAGGCAGAUCAUGACUAUUAUCAAAAGAUUCAACAGGAAUCAAAAGCAAGAGAGAUUGCGGCAUACAAUGCACGCGUAUUAGCAAAAGCGCCCAUGACUACGACCUAUGCAGAAGAUAAGAGACAAGAGAAAUUACUGAUAUUGGAACAUAAAAGCGAUGAUGACGAUGAUGAAGAAGUGAUAAAGAUGUAUAGACAGAAAAGAUUAAAUGAGUUGAGGAAUAUGAAGGCAAAUAAUCACUUGUUACGGCAGCAACAAAAAGUGUUUGGAUAUGUUAAUGACGUGAACGUAGAUGAAUAUCUUAAAGCUAUUGAUAAUGAAUGGAAGACUGUGCCUGUCAUUGUUCAUAUUUAUGACAAAAGAAUACCCGCUUGUAACAAAUUAGAUGAGUACCUGAUUGACUUGGCAAAGAAGUAUGCAUUAGCCAAAUUCAUAAGAAUACAUGCUACUGAGAUAGACUUUGAUCUGGUUGGUUCGCCUGCUAUUCUGGCUUAUCAAGGUGGCAUAUUAAUAGCCAAUCUUGUAAGAAUAAUAGAUGAGGUUGGACAACGAUUUGAUGUGGAAUCCAUUGAGGAUAUUUUACAACGUCAUGGUGCUUUAUCUGAAAACGAUAUAUACGAAAAGAUACCUGACGACAAUGAUGAUGAUGAUGACUAUGAUGAUGACAUGUAGUGUUUUUUAAUGUAAAUAAAAUGGAUACCUGACUCUUUCAGCU